AUGUCAGCAUCAUCAGGUUUUGCAUCCAAUCAAUCCUCAAAUACUGCUCAAUCACCGAAACCAAUCCAACGUAAAAAGAAAGCUACUCGUGCCUGCAUUCACUGCCAAAAGGCCCAUUUAACUUGCAAUGACUCUCGUCCAUGCCAACGUUGUAUUAAACGAGAUCUCGCAUCUACAUGUACAGAUGGUGCUCGUAAGAAAGCCAAGUAUCUUCAGGAUGCACAAGAUGGUUUGAUUUCUAUUGACUCUAGCCGACUGAUUGGAAUGGACGAAUACAAUUAUGGAUUUGGAUCAACAGCUGCAAAUCUUGAAUAUUCUAUUCUUUCAUCCAUGUUAGGAUCACCUCUUCACGGGCUAGUAGAACCAACUCCACAUUUACCACCACCACCGCAACAACCUGUACCACCGCUACAACAGCUACCACAGUUACAGCAGGUACCGCAUCCACAUCCGCAGGUACAGAUGCAGCCCCAACAACAACCACGACCACAAUCACAACCACAAUUUACUGCGUGGCCUCAACAAGGCUCAACUAUAAGUGAUGAGUCCGAUAUAAAAACUGUCCCUACUAGUAACAAUGCAGGAUUAGAUGCUCAGUCUGACAUUUCAAGUACAGCAAAUACUGUUGCAACACCAAACAACAUUCAGCAAAGCAUGCCCUUCCAGAUUCCACCUACACCAUCAGACACCGCCCAGUUUCAGAAACAUCUUGUUAAUCAACAAUCUUUGGAUACAACAGGAUAUUUUGGGCACGGAAAGAAACGGACUACGAAUGUGACACCAGAGAUGAUUUACACUAAUAUACAAAAGCCGUUUAGUUAUGCGGAUGGAUAUCAUUACUUGAUUAGUUAUGUUCGGCAAAGAAUGAGUCGUGAAGAUUUGAUGAGGAUCAGUAGAGCCUUGGCACUGUUUAGACCAUCUGUAUUGGCAUCAAUGAUGAAUUUGACAGAACAUGAUUUGAUUUUUACAGAGAGAUGUUUACAAAGAACAUUAUUGGAGUAUGAGAAACUCAUCAGUUAUUCAGGUACUCCAACUGUAGUGUGGAGACGCACGGGUGAAAUCACUCUGGUAGGAAAGGAAUUUUCCCUACUGACUCAAUGGUCUCGAGAUGCUUUAUUAAGCAAAAAGACAUUUAUUUACGAGUUAAUGAGUAAUCCUUCUGCAGUCGAGUAUUGGGAAAAAUACGCACUUCAUGCAUUUGACAAUACCGACUCAGCUGUAUAUAGCUCAUGUAUUCUACUUGGGCCAACAAAAAGAGCUAUACCAUGUACCUUUUGCUUCACAAUAAAACGUGACAUUUUUGAUUUACCGAGUGUGAUUAUUGGAAAUUUUCUCCCCAUUCUAAGUUAA